CGCGCGGCAACGAGUGUCGCGCGCCUUCUCCACCGCAUUGUUAGACAGACAAGAAGAGGACUAAAGUUAUAUUUUCUCUUUGUUCUGUAUGCUUUAGGAGAGCUUCAUGGACGCCUUGAACGUUUUCUAGUUUUUGUUUAUUUGUUUAGUUUGUAGUUAUCCAAGAGGAAGCCGUCAGUGAGCUAACCGAGGGAGCUGCGGGCUGUCAAGUGUUUUGAAAACCCAAACUGCUGCAGUGGAGAAGCUCCGCGGGGAUUUAAAGUUCCAGCUAAUAGCUGCAGCUCUAGCAGGUGGUUCUGUAACAAUGUCAGCCGUGUGUCAGCCUCGUCGUGUGCUGGUGGAAAUACCCGCUCCACAGCCCAAAAUCGCAGCUCAGAUGAGAAGAUCGUACUUGGAAGUUCUCAGUGCUCGUUUAUCCCCAAAUCCUCUUCCAAGAGCAAGAAACCUGAACACCAAGCGUGUUAACUCCUUGGACCUGUCGAUUGAUGGGAUGUGGAGAGAAGGAGUGGAGGACCAGUGUGAAAAGACAGACCAACACUCUGCCCAGCUUUCCAAACAGCAGCUUGUUCAGCUCAUCAGAUCCAUCGUUUUAAUAGAAAAAAGCCACGAGCCRAGGAUUGUGGCGUCAGACCUGAAGUUCCUACAGGAGGAUCUACAGCUGAAGAAGGCCAGUGUGUACAGGUCCAUACCUUACUCACGGUUUGGCUCCAACAGGGAUGCUCACUGUUACAGAAAGGCCUAUCCCCACCUGGUGGCAUUCAAAGUUACAUGUCAGGAGUGGGGCCAAGUUCUUCUGAGGAACAAAGAGUGGRACGCUGUGUUGGAGCACUCCCUGAUGGCGUGGCGGUACACCAGCGAGUUGCCGCAGUGGGACACUGCGAGCCACAACACGGUGCGAGAGCAGUGCUACAGCCUUCUGGCUGCUCACAGUCUGGCCGCUCUGCAGCAACACCGGCCUGACGCCAUCAGGGGAMGUGAGCUGCUCAGGAGGUUUAGAUCGGCUCAGCUGCAAAGCCUGUCCAUCGUUCCUUGUGUUCAGGAACUGCACAGGAUGGUGGGAUGCCCUGAUGAGUUUCCUGUAGAUCCAAAGUGAUGUGAUAAUCCAGCUCAGCACAUGGUUUCUGRACAAGAAAUAUGUAAAUGACACAAAGGAAUUGCCUGUGUUUAAAAGGCGAAGUGAUUUAUUUGAAAUUCUUGUCUAAAAAAAAACUCACUACAGUAUUCAUAUGCAGAGUUAACUAGAAGUGCACUUGGAGACUUUCUUCUGGGGUCUGUGUAAAGAAAGUGAUGACCACCAGUUUUCAGUGCAACUCAGCAGAGUAAAUAGUGUGUAAUGUUAAAAACAGACACAUGGGAGAAGGAGAAGUGCUUUAGAAUGCAGCUCACUUAAAGUGAACUUYGAAUUGUGUGAAAAUAUCCUUUUAACCAUAAGUUAUUUAAACUUGGUGUCACAUUUAGGUGGUACACUUAAAAAAAUGAACUAGAUGUUGUGAAGCUUUCCUAAAGUAGCCAUGAAAAAAACUCCUUCCUUUUUCCAAACAUUACCGUUCUGAGACCGUUCAGUUCAGUUACCAGCUGCAGCAAUAGAAAUAAGAACAAAAUCUAGUUUUCAUUUCCAGCUGAGAUGUAACAAAAAGGAAAUGGCCUUGCUUGUUGCUUUUUGUAUAUAUGGUUGUAUGCAUUUUUUUUCCAAAGUACUUGAAAAUGACUUUGUGUUUUGGUUUUUAUAGACUUCUAAAAAAAAGUUAUAUUGCACUGUUGCUGUUUUUGUCCUGAAAACUUGAACUUUUUCCAUAAGAGAUGCUAAUUUAAAUAAAGUCAACUUGAAUUGCAUAAAAA